UUCCAAGUACCGGUAUGCGCAAAGUUCAUGAACCGCCGUCGCCGCGGCGGCGGCAUGGGACCCUUGCUGAGCGCUUGGACGCCCAGCGAGCUCGUUACUUGGCAUUGAAACGCCGAGCUGUAGAGCACGGUGACGACGGUAUGCCCCAGUCACUCCCCCGUGGGCUACCUUCGAAGGAGCCACUCCCGACUUGCCAUCUCCGGCUCGAACUCCCUGGUGAUGUACAAGACUACCUCAGGUCUAUUGGUCUGCACUUUGACGCUAUCUCCACCGACGAAUCCCUCGGUCGCGCCGUGUCGGCGUUGGCCGUGCGUCUUUACAAGACCGACCUCGCCUUGCAACAUGCCCUCGAAGAAACCUCAUUUCCUCAUACACCACACGCAUUCUAA